CCAAGCUAUCUACUCACAGACUAUUUUGACGUGUUACAGGGUGCUGAUACCUUUAAGGCGAAAGUUACUAUUGAAGUACAGUUGGCUUCGGAACUAGCCAUUGCUGCAAUCGAAGAGAGUGGUGGUGUCGUUACUACAGCCUUCUGUGAUCCCAGAAGUCUGGAAAUUCUGUGCAAACCUGUUCCAUUCUUUCUGCGUGGACAACCCAUUCCAAAACGAAUGCUUCCACCUGAAGCACUGGUGCCGUAUUAUACUGAUGCAAAGAAUCGUGGUGACCUGGCGGAUCCGGCCAAAUUUCCUGAAGCAAGACUUGAACUCGCCCAGAAGUAUGGUGAUAUUUUACCUGACGUUACUAAAGAUGAACUCUUCAAAGUGCUUACUACUCGAAAGGACCCAAGGCAGAUUUUCUUUGGUCUUGCUCCUGGACGGGUGGUGAAUAUGGCAGAUAAGAAAAUCCUGAAACCUACAGAGGAGAAUGUCCUCAAGUAUUACAGCUCAUGAAUUCCCUUCCAAGAAAGCAGAGUUGGAAAAGAGGACUGGAAAAGGAGGCAAUGCGAUAAAACAAAGAAUUGGUGCGGUCACUGUGUUUGAGUGAUGUCUACAACCUGGCUCUCAAUAAUACUUUCAUCUUGGUCAUUGUAUUAUUUAUUAUCAUAGUCAUUAUCAAGGAAAGUCUGCAAGGGGUGGUCAUGAGAAAACUUUUGCUUCCUUAUGAACAGGGCAGCUAUAGCUUGAACCAUUCUCCCCGCUGCUUCCUGCCCUUUAAGGUUAUUCUUACUGAAGCCAUGGUGAUCAUCUUAGGGUCUUGGGGAGAGGCCCUGAGAAUUGCAGAUACAGAAACUGCAAGAUUAUUGAACUGCUAUGGCUAUUACCGUCACUACCAAUUCUUCUUAGGUGAUAAAAAAUAAGAAAAAAACUCUAAUUUGUUUAAGCCAUUGCUAGGCAGACUUUCCUUGAUAAUGACUAUGAUAAUAAAUAAUACA